CAAAGGGCCUAACUUUGGUUCAGUUGCCUAUAACCUUUUUCUUAUGGGGUGAAUGACCUGUCAAAGGGAGGAAAUAAAAAUGAGACACAAAAGCUAGGAGGAGUGGAGAGACACAACAGCUCACUUGCAUGUGACUGUGCCAUUUAAGUGGGAGGAGGAGCAGGAGAAGGACAGAGCUCACAAACAAGCCAGUGGAAUGUUCAACAGGAGGAUUGUGUGACACCACCUCUGCACAGAAUGAUAUAAAUAGAGGCAGAGCACUAAACUGAAAGUCAGAUUUAUCAUCAACAUACUCAUUCGGCAACACGUCAAGCCAGUCUGAGUCUACCAAGGAAAAAAAAGACAACUUUCUUAAAGGCUUAAACAUACUAGAAGUAUCGGAUAUAAAACUUGAUUUCUUUUCCCUUUUUUCUUCAAGAAAAGAGCUGAUCUGAGCAGCUGGCAUGGAUUACCAGCCAAAUAUUAUUAGAGAGUCCAAUCCAAUGGAGAAUCUUGAAAAACAACUCAUCUGUCCAAUAUGCCUGGAGAUGUUUACUAAGCCUGUGGUAAUCUUACCUUGUCAGCACAACCUUUGCAGAAAGUGUGCAAAUGAUGUCUUUCAGGCAGCCAAUCCAUACUGGACCUCCCGUGGCACCAACAUCUCUGGAGGCCGCUUUCGCUGCCCUUCCUGCCGGCAUGAAGUCAUCCUGGACCGACAUGGAGUUUAUGGGCUGCAGAGAAACCUGCUAGUGGAGAACAUUAUUGACAUUUACAAGCAGGAGAGUACUAGGGUAGAUCAGAGCAGGCCUCUGAAGAAGUGUGAUCAGCCCAUGUGUGAGGAGCAUGUGGAUGAGAGGAUUAACAUUUACUGCGUGACCUGCCAAGUGCCAACCUGCUCCAUGUGCAAAGUGUUUGGAGCACAUAAAGACUGUGAGGUCUCACCCCUUGAGAAUGUGUACCAGAAUCAAAAGACUGAACUCAGGGAGAGCAUUGGCACCCUGGUAAGCAGCAAUGAUCGUGUCCAGGCCAUCAUAAGCCAACUGGAAGAAACAUGCAGAUUUAUCACAGAAAACAGUCAGCUUCAGAAGCAAAGACUUACUGAGAAGUUUGAUCUCCUCUAUGCCAUCCUCGAGGAGAAGAAGAGUGAACUCCUGCAAAAGAUUAGCGAGGAACAGGAGGAGAAAACCAACUACGUACGAGGUCUGAUCCUGCAGUACAAAGAGCAGCUUGAAGGAAGCGCCAAGCUUGUGGAAAAAGCCAUUAACUCUAUGGAUGAGCCAGGAGUGGCAAGCUUCCUGCUGCAUAACAGAUGCUUGUAAGCAGGCACAGGUACAACAGAUUGAACCAGGAUUUGAGAGUAUGGAUCACUUCGCCCUGAGCACUGAGCAUGCAGAAGCCAUUUUACGGAACGUGGACUUUGGGGAAGGUAUGUUU